AUGGCUCUCCAAACUGCCACUCAGGAAGAUCCCUUGACUCGGGCGCUGCGACCCCUGCCGGAGGAGACUCCAGAUCAACGAACCGCGAGACUCGAAGCCGAAGCCCUGGCAAAGACCAUCAGCACCGAGAUUGACGAGUAUCUCAGGAAGGAGGCUCAGAAGAGAAAGGAGCAAAAGGUGAAAUUGCUACUGCUAG